AACUAAUUGUUAAACCACUAAGCCAAUAGUAUCAAUUCCUUGCAACGUCUACAAUAUCAGCUCCUUCAAACAAAAUUGGAAAACCUAAAAAGCAACCUCGCCGCAACCCUUGCCGUAGCCCGAUUUCUGUUGCCGCAACCCUAGCCGUAGCCCGAUUUCUGUUGCCGCAACCUCGCCGGAGCACGAUUUCGCGAACCCUAGCACCGUCGUCUUCUUCAUCUUCACACUUCAACUCAGGAACUUUUGGGAAGACACGUUCACUAACCUUUGCAUCAAAUUUGGUUGAAGUUGUUCAUACUGGUGCGGCGUUGCAUUGCUGGUCAUCUCCCUCCAAUAUCGGGCGCAUUCUUACUGUUGUUGGGCGCAUUCUUACUGCCUAUUUGGUGCAGUGGCUAUUUGUGAGACACUGAGAAAGCUAAAGAAGUUGAUAAUGUAGAGACUAGUGCAAAUAAUAUGAUUUUGAAGAAUUAAUGUGUUUGAAUAAGAAUCACACACAUAUGGGUUGUAUUUCAUCUUAAUUGGAUCUAGAACCCCUAUUAAUGGAUUCUAAUUGCAUCCAAUGUAGCUAGAUACAUAAUUUGGUACUCUAGUUCCUUCUAUCCUUAUCUACCGGCCUGCACUCAGUAUAAUGUAAAACAUCAGCUGCCGGUAGUCCUAACCGGAAUGACCUGAAUUCAAGAUUAAGUAAGCAUACAAGUUUGGUCACAAGUUUUGAGAGUAUCUCCAUAACAAAAUCAAUCUAAACAGAACAUUGAAAUUAGAAGUAUAAGUUUGGUCACAAGUUUUAUAAUUUUUUGUAUGUUGCUGCCUACAUCUGUUUGUGCAUUUAAGAUUUUGUUUCUAUACUGUAAAUGAAGUAUGAUAGUUAUUUGUAUAGAUGCUUUAAUAUUAAGUGAUCUUGUUUCACGGCCUAAACCCACCCAAUCUCACACUCAACCUUCUCAACCUCUACCUAAUCAACCUCAAUCUCGACCUAUCCCUUCUCAACCUCAUCCUAGUCAACCUCAAUCUCGACCUAUCCCUUCUCAACCUCAUCCUAGUCAAACUCAAUCUCGACCUAUCCCUUCUCAACCACAUCCUAGUCAAACUCAAUCUCGACCUAUCCCUUCUCAACCACAUCCUAGUCAAACUCAAUCUCGACCUAUCCCUUCUCAACCACAUCCUAGUCAAACUCAAUCUCGACCUAUCCCUUCUCAACCACAUCCUAGUCAAACUCAAUCUCGACCUAUCCCUUCUCAACCACAUCCUAGUCAAACUCAAUCUCGACCUAUCCCUUCUCAACCUCAACCUCAACCUCAUUCUCAACAUCCAUCUCGACCGAUCCCUUCUCAAAUUAUGGUCAUUGAAGCCCCAUCUUCAUCUAGCCAUGUUAGUGGAGACACCGUUGGAACUAAAAUCCCAAUACUUCCGGAAGGUGAUGGGUUUGAUCAUCAUAAAUUGGUAGUUGCAGAAAUUUCCCACAUCAUACGCACUCAUUUGAGUGAGGGAAAACCAUCAUGGAAGAAAUUAUCAUCUAAUCAAAGAGAUUCUUUCUUUGACUUAUUUCAGAAAAAGUUUUCAUGGCCACCGGAACACAAGGUUACGGUGCGACGUAACUUUGAAAGAAGAGGUGCAGCAAAGAUGUCUCAGCUACUACAAGAUGUUCGCAAAGACUUGGAGUAUAGACCGGGUUGGAUGGGAGCUGAUGUGUGGCAGCAAUUAUUGGAACAUUGGAAUUCGUUAAAGUUUAAAAAAACAUCUGAGACGAAUAAAAGAAACCGGUCUUCUAUGGAUGGCGCAUCUCUUCACACCGGAGGGUCUAUUCCUCAUCGUUUGCAUUGGAAAAGAAUGAGGAAGGAAAAGGGUGCAGAUCCAUCAUUGACCGAGUUCUAUUUUCGCACACAUCGGAAAAAGGAUCAAAGUUGGGUUGGAGUUCAUGCUGAAUCUGCAUAUGAUAAAUUUGAACAGAAAAAGUUGGAGAUUUCUUCUCAGAAUCCAACUAUUCCAGGAGAGGACGAAGCUGAUAGUCAACCAACUAAUGAAAUGCCACCUGAUUUGGAUAUACGUGUAUUUCUAGUAGUGAUACAGAUUCACCUAUAAAUAAAUAUUCUAUUUUGUAUUUGAUGAACAAAAUAAAUAUUAUAUUAUUAUUUUA